AUGAACAGAAACGACCUCCUGUACGAUAACAAUGGCAUAAGAAAUGCCUUUUUUUCUGAGAUUGCCUUUGGGAUCUCAGCCAAUACUGUCCUCCUGCUUUUCCUCGUGGUCACGUUCUCUCGGGAGCCCAGGCACAAGCCUACUGACUUGAUAACUGGUCUCUUGGCUCUAAGCCACAUAGUGAUGCUGUUGACCAUGGCCAUCAUAGCUACAGACAUUUUGGGGUCCCAGAGUUUUUGGGAUGACUUCAUAUGUAGAUCAGUUAUUUCCUUGUAUAGGCUGAUGAGGAACAUCUCCAUUUGUGCUACAUGUCACCUGAGCAUCCUCCAGGCCAUCAUCCUCAGCCCCAGAAGUUCCUGUUUGUCAAAGUUCAAACAUAAAUCCUUUCAUCACAACUCAUGCUGCUUUCUUUCCCUAUGGACCUUCUGUAUGUCCAUUAGUGGUUUCAUGAAUUCCAUUGUUGCCACCCCCAACGUGACUUCGCACACUCUUAUACUAGUCACUAAGUCCUGUUCUCUCUGGCUUUUUAAUGACUUGACCAGAUACUUACUUUGUGUACUGGCUGUUUUCCGGGAUGCCAUUCUCGUAGGGCUCAUGAUGCUUUCAAGUGUGUACAUGGUAAGUGUCUUGUUCAGACACAAGAGGCGCUGUUGGCACCUUCAUGGCACCAGCCCUUCCCCCAGAGCAUCUCCGGAGCAGAGGGCCAUCCGUACUAUCCUGUUGCUGCUGAGCUUAUUUGCAGUCAUGUACUGUUUGGACUGCAUUGCCUCCUCCUCGAGAAACAUGUGGAAUAACGACCCAACUCACCGUCGUGUCCAGAUGUUUGUGUCUAGUGGCUAUGCCACACUCAGUCCUUUGGUGUUCAUUAGCACUGAACAACGUAUAAUUAACUUUUUGAAAGCCACGCAGGGUGGACAGUAA